CAUGCAGUCACUGAUGACAUAAGUACGUCAUCCUGUGUGUUUGUUUCACUUCUGUAGAGCUGCUGCAGGGGUUGGGGCCUGAUCACAAGCGAGCAGUCGGCGCACGGAAAUCCAAGAGCCUUGGUAGUUGUGACAAUACACUGCGACCCUGGAAGGAAGUGCUGUGGGGGCCUCACCUAUUACAGCAAAAUGGGUAGCUAGCAGCCGCCCAGGGGCAGCGCUCCCUCACAGAGGUUGCAAGAUCAAAAAGGCCUUUACUUCCAGUGUGGAAAAGAUCAGCUAGUGCACAGCCUGGCAUAUAAGAACUGGUCAGACACUGCCACCUACUGGAGGAGCCUUUGAAAGGAAAGAACCUAGAGCUGUGAUUGUUACAGCUGACCCAGAAAAGUUGGUCAGGAGACACGGACGUUUUGGUUCCCAGCCAGUUCUGUUCUGAGAGCAAAAAUGGAGACGAUUGCCGUUCAACAUCAACAUCUGGACCUAGAGAAGCAGGAGUCAGGGGAAAAAUUGAUUUGGCCGGAGACCCAAAGCACCAAGUCACCCAUCCAGCUAGAGGAAAGCAUUCUGUAUCGUGACCAAGAGGUUCCUGUGUGUACAUGUGGGAAGGCCACUUGUCUCAAAGUCGUAACUGGAAUCGCAGUCAUAACUGUGGCUAUAAUUCUCAUCAUUUUAGCAGUGCUGGCAACCAAAUCCCACGUGACCAGUUCUCCUUCCCCUGCCGCCUCGUAUCCAGUCUCCUGUCCAGGCCCCUCCUGCCCAGACAGCUGGAUCGGGUACCAAGGAAAAUGCUACUAUUUCUCAGAGAUGGAAGGGAAUUGGACCUACAGCCAGAGCCAGUGCUCUGCACUCAAUGCCUCCCUGGCUGUGAUUGAUAGUGAGCAGGACCUGAUUUUCAUGUUGCGCUUUAAAGUCAGAACGGAUCCGUGGAUCGGCCUCCGGAGGGAACCGGGUCAGGGGUGGAAAUGGCCCAACGGUUUGGAAUUCAACAACUCGUUUGUCAUUCGAGGGGACUCGGACUGCACGUUCCUGAGUGACGACACCGUCAGCUCUUCGAGAUGCUACAUUGAGCGAAACUGGAUCUGCAGCAAACCCGAUGCCUAUGCAAAGGGAACUGAUACGAGGGGGGACUCGAGAGUCUGAAGGUUCAAAUUGCAGCUCCGCUUUGAAAUAAGAAUUAAAUAACUGGCAUUGGA